CUCUCAUCAAACCAACCAGUCUACUGCAGAUUCCAUACUCUCUCUCUUCUCUCUCUCAUCAUGGCAUUUGGUCUCUGUAAAUCGCUCAAUCUUGCGUUUCUUGGACUUUUGAUUCUCCAUGUCUCUUCUUCUGUUUCUGAAACAGCUCCGAAUUACUCCUUCAUGCACCAAGCAACGGCGGCGCCGAAAGUGGCGUACUACGAUUAUGUCAUCAUCGGAGGGGGCACCGCCGGGUGUCCGUUGGCGGCGACGCUGUCGCAGAACUACAGCGUUCUUCUGCUGGAGCGUGGAGGCUCGCCGUACGGAAAUCCCAACAUCACAAACCUGUCGUCGUUCGGCGUGGCCCUCUCCGACCUGUCGCCGACGUCGCCGUCGCAGCGCUUCGUGUCCGAGGACGGGGUGAUAAACGCGCGCGCGCGCGUGCUGGGCGGCGGGAGCUGCCUGAACGCGGGGUUCUACACGCGCGCGUCGCCGGACUACGUGAGCGACGUGGGGUGGGAGGGCCGCCUGGUCAACGAGUCGUACCGGUGGGUGGAGAAAAAAGUGGCGUUUAUGCCGCCGGUGAGGGAGUGGCAGUCGGCCGUCAGAGAUGGGCUUCUAGAAGCUGGGAUCACGCCGUACAAUGGGUUCACGUACGACCACAUGUACGGCACUAAGAUCGGCGGUUCCACCUUCAACUCCUCCGGCCAACGCCACACCGCCGCCGAUCUUCUCGAGUACGCUAACCCCUCCGGCCUCACCGUUCUCUUACAUGCUACCGUUCACCGAAUCUUGUUUAGACACAAAGGUAGUGUAAAGCUAAGAGCGAGUUCAGUGGUGUUUAGAGAUGCAUUAGGGGUGAGGCACAAGGCGAUCUUGAAGAAAGGAUCAAUGAACGAAAUUAUUGUGUCAGCUGGGGCCCUUGGGAGCCCACAGUUACUAAUGCUGAGUGGAAUAGGGCCGGCCCAACAUCUUAAGGACCAUAAUAUCAGUGUGAUUUUGGACCAGCCCAUGGUCGGACGAGGCAUGUCGGAUAAUCCGAUGAACGCCGUGUUCGUGCCGUCUCCGGUCCCCGUCGAGGUUUCCCUCAUUCAGAUCGUCGGAAUAACCCCCUUUGGUAGCUACAUCGAAGCCGCCUCCGGCGAAAACUUCGCCGCCUCUGUCCCUAGCCAUGAUUAUGGAAUGUUCUCUCCUAAGAUCGGACAGCUUUCAACGGUGCCACCGAAACAAAGAACCCCAGAAGCCAUCGCCGACGCUAUCGCGGCCAUGAGCAAGCUAGAACAACCGGCGUUCCAAGGAGGGUUCAUCUUGGAGAAGAUCAUGGGCCCACUCUCCUCCGGCGACCUAUUCCUCCGAACUCUAAGCCCGGACGACAACCCCUCCGUCACCUUCAACUACUUCAAGAACCCGGAAGACCUACAGCGUUGCGUGAACGGCAUCAAAGUCAUCGAAUCCAUAAUCGAAUCGAAGCCGUUCGCCAAGUUCCGGCUCGACAGCCUUUCCUGGAAGAUCCUCCUGAACAUGAGCGCGUCGGCGCCGGUGAACCUGCUGCCCAAACACACAAACGCCUCCAUAUCGUUGGAGCAGUUUUGCAAGGACAGCGUGAUGACAAUCUGGCACUACCAUGGAGGUUGCCAGGUCGGCAGAGUUGUCGACCAGAAUUAUAAGGUUUUCGGAGUUAAUAACCUGCGAAUCGUCGAUGGAUCCACGUUUUAUUACUCUCCUGGGACUAAUCCUCAGGCCACUGUUAUGAUGCUCGGAAGGUACAUGGGAGUAAAGAUAUCGAGGGAAAGACUUGCCAGAAAGAACUCAAAGAAGUCAAAGUGAUGAUAUGAUGCUCCUGAUUUUGUUCUAUUUAUUGUUCUGAUCUCUUUUCUUCUUCUUUUUUUUUUUUGGAUGAAAAAAUUAAAGCAAGCUUAUAUGAUGUUGAUGUUUCAAAAUAACUAUGAACUGUUGUAUGCAUUUCAUUGAAUAAAAUUGAAAAAAAAAAGAUUACUGCAAAA